AUGAUCUCUGAGUCAAUCGAGGCAAAACCUGUGAUCAAGCAGUCCGUUUCUUCUCUCGCAGCAGAUGUCUCGCGAUCGCUGACCACAACAUGCAACAUCUGGGAUGAGUACAACUUAGUCGAAGAGCUUGGAAGCGGAUCUUUUGGUGUAGUCCGUGCAGUGACGCAUCGCGGCAGCAAGCAGCGCUACGCCGCCAAGACCGUGCGGCUGACGGAGAAGCCGGAGCCGGAGAUGAUGCUGGUGUCCUUGGAGCAUCCCCACAUCCUGCAGCUAAAGCAGAUCGUGGAGGACGGCGGCGAGCGACACCUGAUCUUGGACCUUUGCACUGGUGGCGACCUCGAGAAAUGGAUAGAGAAUCGGUACGACGAAGACUUCGAAGGCACACGCUUCUACGACCAGCCAAGCACUUCCACAGUGUUCUGUUUGGCUGAGCAGAUGUUCUCUGCCAUUGCCUAUCUGCACGAGAGAUCAGUGGUGCACCGAGACGUGAAACCUCCGAACUGGAUGUUGGCUUGCCGGAGCCUAUUCCCCAAAUUGAAGCUGUCGGACUUUGGGCUGGCGUGCGAGUGCCCAGCCGGGGAGGUGUUGAAGGAGAAAUGUGGCUCGCCCCCUUACAUGGCUCCGGAAGUUUUUGAGAGGUCGUAUACCGCCUUGUGCGAUGUUUGGAGCACUGGCUUGGUCGUUCAUGAUAUCGCCGUCGGCGCUCCUUUGUUCCACAAAAUUCCGGAGCCUCAGUUGGAGGAACACGUCCUUGGACUGAUAGAGUUGACAUCGCCGACGUGGCGCUAUCAUAAGCCUUAUUUGAAGGCUUUCGUUGCGGAGCUUCUGCAGCGCGAGACAGAGGGUCGACCCUCUUCCCUAGAGGCCCUCCAGAAUGCAAGACAGCAUGGGGCAAAAUGCUCUUGCAUCGUCUCUUGA